ACANCGGCGUGAAGAAAGGCCCGUGGACUCCCGAGGAAGAUAUAAUGUUGGUGUCUUAUGUUCAAGAACACGGCCCAGGAAAUUGGAGAGCUGUUCCUACUACUACAGGUCUGAGGAGAUGUAGCAAGAGCUGCAGACUAAGGUGGACCAAUUAUCUCCGACCCGGAAUCAAACGGGGCGGGUUCACGGAUCAUGAAGAGAAAAUGAUUAUCCAGCUUCAAGCCCUUCUAGGCAACAAGUGGGCCGCCAUAGCCUCGUACCUCCCGGAAAGAACAGACAACGACAUCAAAAACUACUGGAACACACACUUAAAAAAGAAGCUCCGGAGGCUCCAAAACGGGACGGACGGCGACCCGAUACCCGAUAAAAACGGACCCGGGUCGGGUCGGUGGGAAAGGCGCCUUCAAGCAGACAUCCACACAGCCAAACAGGCCCUUAAGGAUGCCCUCUCGCUCGAAAGCACUGAGCCUGUCCAGCAGCAGGGCUUUUCGUAUGCUUCGAGCACGGAAAAUAUUGCGCGAUUGCUAAAGGGUUGGGUGAAAAAAAGUAGUAAUAAUCCGAGUUUCGAGGAGAUAAAAAUCGAGUCCAAGUGUUCGACCGGUAAAAGUUGCGGUGGGGUCGAUUUAUCUGAGGCUUUCGAGUCAUUGUUUGGUUUCGGGAGUUUUGAAUCUCCGAAUUCGGACGGGUUUUCCGGGUCAGGGUCGAAUGAUGAUGUGAAACCCGAGCCGGAUGGGUUUUCAGGGUUGUCGGUGAUUGAGAAUUGGUUGCUUGAUGAGACUACUAGCUUCAAGUUUGAUGAGGAUUCGGAUUUAUUUUAAUUUGAUUUUAUCAUUUUUUUUAAAAUUUUUAUUUUAGGAAAAAUUAGUGACAUUUUUUUUUUGUUCUAACAUUGAAGAAUUUUAAAUUUUAAGCUUUACCUUUUUUUUUAUAAAUUAAUUUUUGGAUAUUAUGAUUGAUGUUAAAUCCAUGUGUGGUGGUGGGUUUUGAAGGUUGCUACUUUAAUCUUUUACCAGCGAUGUACAUUUAUGAUAAUUUAAUUGAGCAUUAAAGUUUACAUUAAAUGUCAAUAGCAGCUACAUAAUGGUUAUGUCGUGUUGUUUUCAUAAUUUUAUUCCUGUAGUAAAUAACUCUGGC